GACACAAAAUAUACUGUAUGCGUCAUACUUCAUAUGUUGUCUGUGUUUGUACUUGCAACUGCACGGUGCAACAAGUAGCGAUUAUCGAUUAGUAAUGUCCCGCCUCUUGCAUGCAAACCGCGCUUCCAAUGAAGCCUGCGCAAUUGCUACAUUAUGUCUGGAGUAUGAUAUUCACUGAAAAACGGGGCGACUGAAGAGCCUUCAGUAUCUUGCGCGCUUUUAAAGAACGACCAUGACGAUCACAUCUGACUUCGACAAGCCGUCGUUUUCACAUUGUUAUAACGAGUACCACAGUUACAGUCUCCAGCUGAAUCGUUGGUUUCUAAAACCAAUCGGUGCCUGGCCAGAAUCGUACGCCACUACUAUUGCCAAGAGACUCCUGCCGAGAAUCAUUCAAAUAACGUGCUACAUUCUUAUAGCUUUCGUAGUCGUACCUUCUCUGUUGUACUUCUAUCUCGAAGAGCAGGAUCUCGAUACCAAGCUCGAUUUAGUGGGUCCCGUAAGCCACUGGAUCAUGAGCGCGAUAAAUUACACUUCUCUGCUGUGGCGCGGCAAAGAUAUACGUUGCUGCAUCAAGCACAUGGAGAACGACUGGUACGCGGUGAGCAGAAGCGAGGAUUGCGAGGCGAUGAUCAAAUACGCCAAAUUCGGCCGAUCUGUGGCUGGCUUCUGCGCCGUUUUCAUGCAUUGCGGUGUGUUCUCGUACAGUGCGGUAAACAGUUUGACGCCGAUCGUCACCGUGAUCGGCAACGAAACCAUCUCGGCGCGAAAGCUGCCUUGCCCGUUCUACAGCAAGUUACUGGAUACCAGUCGCACUCCGGCAAAUGAGAUCGUGCUGGCGCUGCAAUUUUUAUCCGGUUUUAUAGUUAAUUCCGUCACGGUCGGUGCAUGCAGUCUCGCCGCGGUCUUCGCGAUGCACGCGUGCGGACAAUUCGCCGUGCUCUACAUGUGGCUGAAUGAAUUGGUCGAUGAAGAAAAGAAGGAACAAUAUGCCGAGUACAAACUAGCUAACAUAGUCGAGCAUCACCUACGUGUGUUAAAUUUCCUAUCACGCGUCGAGAAUAUCAUGAAUCAGAUAUGCCUAGUGGAAGUAGUUGGAUGCACCUUGAAUUUGUGCUUACUUGGCUUCUGUUCCAUCAAGGAAUGGAAUGCGGGAAACACGAAGACUAUAGCAACAUACAGUAUAGUAUUCAUAUCCGUAUCUUUUAAUAUCUUUAUAUUUUGUUACAUCGGUGAAAUAAUCACGGAACAGUGUAAAAAAGUUGGAGAAAUGGCUUAUUUUACUAACUGGUAUCGUUUACCUCAUAAAACUGCCCUUGGUAUGGUGCUAAUAAUAUCAAGAUCCAGUGCUGUGAUUAAAAUUACUGCUGGAAAAUUGAUUCACCUUUCUUUAAUGACAUUUGGUGAUGUAAUUAAAACAUCUGCGGCAUAUCUGAAUAUACUUCGUACUAUAACCAUCGCAUAUGCACAUAUUAACAACAAUGUUAUCGAAGCAACGAGUCCGAUGACACCGUCGUCGUGCCGUCGUAUGGUCACCAUGUGUCGGUCGGUGACUGAAGAUCUCCAUGAUCACAGCGUGCAAUUAAAUCGAUGGUUCCUAAAGCCAAUAGGCGCGUGGCCGCGAUUCUCCAGUUCGACGGGCCACGAGAAAGCGAUGUCUCGCGCUCUGAUAGUCACUUGCUUUUCCUUGAUAGCCUUCACCGUGAUACCAUGCGCGUUGAACGUUCUUUUUGAAGAGAAAAAUAUCGAACUGAAACUCAGAGCGAUCGGUCCGCUGAGUCACUGGCUUAUGGGUGGUAUAAAUUAUUGCUCUCUAUUGCUGCGCAGCGCUGACAUACGGCGAUGCGUGCGGCACAUGAGGAUGGAUUGGCAGAUCAUCAGGCGAUCGGAGGAUCGUGAGAUCAUGGCAAGAAAUGCGAAGCUGGGUCGAUUCGUGGCGGGUUUCUGCGCGAUAUGCAUGCACGGCGGUGUGUUCGCUUACAGCAUCGUGUCGGGAAUGACGACGGUAAUGAUGCCGAUUGACGAAAAUCGGAGCGUAGAAAUGCUACAGCUACCCUGUCCUUCGUACAGCAAAUUUGUAGACGCCAGAUUCAGCCCGGCGAACGAGAUCGUCCUUGUGAUGCAGCUCAUUUCGGGUUUUAUAGUGAAUUCCACUACCGUCGGUGCUUGCAGUUUGGCUGCAGUUUUCGCUAUGCAUGCGUGUGGCCAGCUCGAUAUUUUGAUCUUACGUCUGUACAGACUCGUCGAAGGUGAUGGAAAGAAAAGAGGUGAAUCGGCUCAAAAGAGACUGGCCGAAAUCGUGGAUCAUCAUCUGCGUGUUUUAAGAUUUAUAGCACGUAUCGAAGACGUAAUGCAUCAAGUAUGUCUGGUAGAAUUAGUGGGAUGUACAUUUAAUUUAUGUAUGCUUGGAUAUUACUCCAUUACGUGGUGGAAUAAGAUAGAUAGGAAGAGCAUCGCGGCAUACAUUGUCGUUUACAUAUCCAUGAGUUUUAAUAUUUUUAUAUUCUGCUAUAUAGGUGAAAUAUUAACGCAACAGUGUAAAAAAGUCGGCGAAAUAGCAUAUAUGACGGAUUGGUAUCGCUUACCUCAUAAAACAGCACUUGGUUUGAUUCUGGUUAUAUCAAGAUCGAGUGUUGUAAUUAAAAUAACCGCAGGAAAAUUAAUUCAACUUUCUAUCGCAACUUUUAGUGACGUGAGUACAACAAAUAUCUUUUUGAAAGCACUUUUAAUAAAUUACUAUCAUUUCAGGUUAUUAAAACGUCUCUUGUCUACCUCAAUAUGUUACGAACUGUUACAACAUAAAUCUGUGAAUGUAAUAUAAGAAAUUCUCGAUAUUUGUUUACUUGUAUAGCAUUUUUAAAAUAAAAGCACUU